GCAUUACAAACUAAGUUAGCAAUAUUAACUCAUAACAUUUUGGACUUCAAUUGGUCACCUUAAGCAAAAUGUCUGAGAAUACUGAGAAAGUGGAAAGUUCAUGCGAUGCACGGCGUAGAAUAUUAAACAUAGCUGUCUCAACGGUUCUCCUAGAAACUGGCUUUCACGCUACGGAUAAAAUGUCUUUAGAAACACUAACAGAAAUAGUUCAAUGUUUUUUAACAGAAGUUGGUAAUUCAGCGAAAGGCUAUUGUGAACUCUCCGGAAGGGUGGAACCAGUUAUCGGCGAUGUCAUGAUGGCAAUUAUUAAUAUGGGUAUUAAUCUUCAAGGUAUCGAGCAAUAUGCUGCUCGUCCAAAUAGACAUGUAAUUCAACCUCCCCAGCAAGCGCCUGUGCCACGCACACCAGCCAUGUUGUCUGCUGGGUCAAAAGCUAAACCAGCACCUCACAUACCAUUUCAUCUGCCACCAUUACCUGAUCCACAUGCUUAUAUUAGAACACCUACACACAAACAACCAGUGACAGAGUAUGAAGCAAUUAGAGAGAAAGCUGCUAACCAAAAGCGAGAUAUUGAACGUGCAUUAACAAAAUUUUUGGCCAAAACCAGUGAGACACACAAUUUGUUCAAUACAGAUGAUAAUCAAGUAUUUCCAUUAAUAGCAUGUAAGCCAACUUUUCCAGCAUACUUGCCAUGUCUGUUGCCAACAGAUCAAGUAUUUGAUUUUGAUGAACUUGAGUAUCACUUCCAAGUUGCUAAUAGAACUGAAGAUAUGCCUGCUGAUAAAAAAGAUCAAUCUGACAAUGAAGGCGAAAAUGGAGGUGACAAUGAAAAUGCGAAUAAUUCACAAUCUGAAAAUCAGGAUGCACCCACUUCGUCAAGUCCAGAAAGAAAUAAAACUUAGAUAUGAAUUUAGUUUAUAGAAACAUUGCCAGAUGUACAUAGCUUUACAUAGAAAUUAAAAUAAUCUAUUAUUACAA